AUGGCUGUGUUCUUCGCUGUGGCUCUCCUCACUAUAGCAUGCCCUUUAAUGGCAUUUGAUAUAGGUCAGUCUACUCGCUGCGUUGCUAUCCCCAACCAGAUGAAGGUCUGCAAAGAUGUUGGAUACUCUGAGAUGCGGCUGCCCAACUUCUUGGGUCACAGCAACCUGGAAGGCGAGGUGGUACCACGUUCAGAGGACUGGAGGCCCCUGUUGCAGACAGGCUGCCACCCUCAAGCCCAGGCCUUCUUAUGCUCCCUCAUUGCCCCUGUCUGUCUUGACACUUUUAUCCAGCCCUGCCGCAGUCUGUGUGUGGCAGUAAGGGAAAGAUGUGCCCCGGUUCUUGCCUGCCAGGGUCACCCAUGGCCAGGGGCACUUGAUUGUGACCGCUUUCCUGCUGAGGAAGACAUAUGUCUGUCUCCCCACGCAAAAUACAGUCUCUUUGCCAAAGACUUACCCAAACCUGCCUGCCAAAACUGUCCCUCUGUGGAAGAGGCUCCUGCAAUGAAAACAGUUCUGAAUGCUUUUUGCCAGCAUGACUUUGCUGUGACUGCCAAACUUCAUCGCCAUCGUCUACCCACGGGAGAGCCAGAAUUUGAGGUUGAGGGCCGGGUUGAGUUUAUCCACCAAGGACCUCUGCUGCCUUAUGACACCAGGCACCUACUCCAGCAAUGGCUCCUCAUCAACCUUCGAUGUGCCAAUGCCCUUGUGCGCCCCGGCCGAUCACAGCUUUACGUGCUGACUGGUUCUGUGCAGUCUGAUGGCACCCUUGCUCUCACCCAUCUCUUCCCUUGGCACAAAAAAGACACAAACAUUGCAGUGGCCACUCGCAAGUGGAAGCACCACAGAUGUUGAAUAGGCUGAUACUUGCAUGUAAAAAGUGAAGCUCUGAUUCUCUGUUUGAAGUGUAGAAUCACGCAAAAACAAACUACUUACAUGAUUCCACACCUACAACACACAUGAUUUGAGACAAAAUCAAGGAGGAAUUUUGACUUUCUUGGCAUUGGGUUUUAGUGACAAUUUGUAAAGUAAGCUAAUUGGAAAUAGAUAUAAUAACUGAGCUACACUCAGACAUCAAUACCCUUUGCCUUGCUCAGCAGCUCAUCACCUCAUCCCUGCUCUGACAGCAC